ACAAAGGUUCUGAACAUCGGCGAAUUACCGUCCGGUCGUCAGAGAGCGUCCACGCACAAAUACAACAUCACGCAUGAAUACACACUUCAGAGCUUCUCGGAACCGUUCAGCACCACUCGGCGAUCACAAAAACUGAUUCAACGUCCUCGGAUCUCCACGCAGUCGCAGUUCUACUACCAGCAAACCACCCCCAGCCUGUUCUACAGCAGUUCGCCAGCCGUCACCAGCGUUACGCUCAGUCCGAACAAGCAACCUUCGCGGAAGCGCAAACCAGGCUCGUACGAAAAAUCUUCCUACGCAUCGGCAAACCACCGCAAACAGAAGGACGACUUCGCCGGUCGGACCUACAGGCCGGCGUCGGAUUACGAUUACUACGACGACGGCGAGCAGCGGAUCAUUGGCAAGUCCAACUCCCAGGUCAAGGUGAUCAUGCACGGACCGGGCAUCAUCGAGUGUCUCGAUCAGGGCAACUUCCCGCAUCCGUUGUCAUGCAAGAAGUUCAUCUCCUGCGCCAAGAUGGAAAUCGGUGGAGUUGUCGGUUGGGAGUACACUUGCCCGAAGGGGUUGAGCUACGACCCCGUUGGCGGAAUCUGCAAUUGGUCUGCAGGUUUGGGUUGUAAGGAUUAGUGCGAGGGGGGUCGACUGAACCCCGAGUUACUUGAUAAAGAAUCAAUCCUCUUUACUGUACAGUCCUUUCGUCAGAUGAACAGACGCUUCACUUAGGGUAUUUUCAAAUUCAAUGGUAACAAAAUAGGCAAUGAAAAAUCUCAAAGUGUGACGUCUGUUAGUCGUGCUUUUUCCAUAAUUGUCUGAAUAAUUGGGCACUUAAAAGUAUAUCGUAACAUUUUAUCAGAACAGAAUCUUUCAAACCGAUUUUGAUGAAUUGAAGGAAGCAACUUAUGGGGAAAGCACUAUUUUAAUUCGAAUACUGCCAUGAAAUCAGACUCUGACAAUGACCACGCUGAGUGACCACCAUGACUUUAUUUUAUUUCAACGUCUAUUUGUUCGCUGUUUAGGAUUAGUUAAAUAAUUUUCUCGAUUAGAAUAUAAGAACCACUCUUUCCUACCGGCUUUCCCUUUCCAGCUAGUUAGUAAGCAACGUGAACCACGAUGAACUCUAGAACAGUACUCGUUAGGUAAAUAGAUUUGUAGAUGAGAGAUUUAUUUGAAGAUGGUUUUCUUCUCUUUUAGAUUUUAUACUAGAAUAGGAUUUAUUGUUUCCCACAUGAAUGGAAAACAGUGGAGAGAUUAAAAAUAUAAACGGAACACUCCAAAUCUGAGGUGCGAGUGAUUAUAAUGAAUUGUCUGAGUUCCUUCAACUCACACAGUUGGAACCAGUAUGGAAUGGGUCCGAAAGUGAAGCAUUUGUGAAUAAUCCCAUCCCAAACAAUGAUGAUGAGAAUAAACAUAUUUUGAUGACAAGUUGAA